AUGGGCGUUAGCUGGAGAUUUGAGGACGCCGCGACCAUAAACCCUUUUAAACUGAAUCGCUAUUCGUCGUUCGCAAAUUACUGGGUGACGUUCACAUUUUUAAUUAAAAUGGCAUUUUUGCCCUUGUGGGCAUUUUAUCUAUUUAAGGGUCCACCAUGGGAUUCGGAGGUUGAAGACGACGGUGACGUUGUGAAUUACAGUGCACAUUUUGUGACAGACACGGUUUUUCUAACGUUUGACGAUGCAGUUACAUGGGCGGAUGCUGUUGCAAUAAAUCUGGGAUUUAUUUUGGUGAAAUCGUCUUUCAACAAACAGAGGGAUGGUCGACCAGUUCGAUAUUUAAGAUGUGACCGGGGACGCACGAGUAAGCCGAGAGAUCUUGAGAACGCAAUUCGGAAGGACACCAAAACCAAGGGCAUUGGUUGUCCUUUCUACAUCAAGAUAUGUUACGAGUUCGUCACCAAUACUUGGUUUAUCCGGGCGAAAGAUGAUGUAACUGGGACCCACAACCAUCCAAUGAUUGUGUAUCCAGAGGGUCAUCGUAAAAUUAGUGGGUUGAGCCCGAACGCGAAGCAGGUUGUGCGUGACAUGACGAAGUCUAAGGUUGCACCACGUAACAUCAUGGCGACUAUUGCGGAGCAAUUUCCUGAUGAUCAUCCAAACAUCAGACACAUCUACAACUGCCGGAAUGACUUCAGAGAGGAGAUGUCUGAUUGGAGAGGAGUUGUUCAACAAUUUCUACAUCUGGCGAGACAGAGUCAGUAUGUUUACUGGGUCAUGUCCGAUGAUGAAGGCGUUUUACAGCACGCCUUUAUGGCGCAUCCAGUCAUGGUAGACAUCCUACGGACGUACCCGUAUGUGAUCGGUAUGGAUUCCACUUACAAGACUAACCGAUACGGGAUGCCGUUCUUUGAUAUAGUUAGCGUGACACCGACAAAUCAGAAUUUUCUCGUCGCUUACGUGUUCAUGCGCAACGAGAGCACGACAAGCUAUCGAUGGGUUUUGCAGAGGUUGAGAGAUGUGAUUGGGUAUGAUAAGGAGUCGUCGGUUUUCUUGACAGACCGUGAGCUUGGGCUAUGUGCUGCAUUGAGGGAAGUGUUUCCAGGAACCUCGCACUUACUUUGUCGAUGGCACAUUAACAAAGAUGUGGAGGCUCGGGUCACUGCUAUGUUCAAAAACAAGAAGACCGGUGCGUCUUUCAAAAACGGAAAAUGGAAACGUAUCAUGUACGCUGCAACCGAGGAAGAUUAUGAGGCCGCUGUAGAAAACAUGAAAGAUAGGUGGGCAAGUUAUCCAGCAGUGAUACAAUAUGUAGAGAACACGUGGCUUUGUCAUAAAACGAAGUUCGUGACAUUUUGGACAAACCAAGUUCUACAUUAUGGCAACACCAGCACAUGCAGAGUUGAGAGCCAACAUUCGGCCGUGAAGAUGUGGUUUGAUUCCUCGACAAGUUUGGUGUUUGCUUAUUGUACUUCAUGUUUUUUGGAUACCGUAUGGGCUCGAGUUCAUAGCCACAUUGGUAAUCAAAUCAUCGCAAUUCGUAAUGGUUUGGAGGCUUCUAGGUCGAAGAUAGGUAAAAAGUACCGACAGUUGCCACUGUCACGUAUAAACGGGAAGGUGUCUCAGCAUUGUUUGAAGGUUCUCGAUGAGGAGACAAGGAGGAUGAGGGAGCUGAGUUAUCAAGUGCACGAACGAUGUGGAUGUGCAAUGCGUGUGACCCACGGGUUGCCCUGUGCAUGCCAGAUACAUGAUUCACUAGCUGCUGAGACAUGA